UAGCUCGCUCGCUCGCUCGCGUGGCCGAAGCCGGAGAUCGACGCGGGUGUGCGCGGAGGCUGCAGCGCGGAGCCGAACUGCCCCGCCCGGCCGCCUGUCCGCCCCAGUUCGCGGCUGCCGAGCCAGCGGGCGGCAGGUGGCUCUCCGCGCGCUUUCCCCGCCGCGCGUCCGCGGCUCUCCCUUUCCCCAGCCGAUCUAUGCGGACGAGAGGCGGGGAGAAGCGGCGCGGAGCGGGCGACCGUUCUCACGACCGGAGGAGGCAACCCAAGCGCCAGCAGCCAGACCCGAGUUUUGCCCGGGCCCUUUUUGGUAACAAGUGCCGGCCGGGCUGCUCAUCCGAGUAUGGGGCGCCCGGACUGAGGCACGACCAGGGGCCGCCCCAGCAGGGUCGAACCCGCGCAAGAGGGAGCCUAGGGCGGGGAGGAAGGAACGGAACAGCCGCGUGGGGUCUCGACCCAGCUUCUUCCCGCGAACGCCGCCGAAAAACGUGCGGAUUACUGCAGCCCGGGAAGAUGCCUCUCGCCAGAUGGGCCCUGAGUCUCGCCGUCGUGUGCGAAGUUGCCUUUGGCCUCUACUUUCCCCGGAAGACAUAUCAUGAAAAUGUUUACCUUGAACAACCGGAAGGAACACCUUUAUUGCAACUCCAUGCCUUAAAAGAUUCAGAGGAGGAAGAAGCUUUCUUCUGUCUUUUCCCAGAUUUCUUUCGACCUGGGCAUAAAAAUCUCUGGUUUCAGAUUGGUGAGAGAACAGGACUCCUUUACCUCAAUAAGAGUCUGGAUACUGAAGACUUCGUUAUACUCUCCUCAGGAAGUCCAGUAACAAAACUCGUGCUCCGCGUUUUCCUCUCUUCCAAACCCUUCCAAGGAAGAGACUGUCCUGGUUCAUCUACUACCACUUCGGUACAACUUUCAGUCAUCAAUGCCACCAUGCCAGCUUGCAGUUCUGCCUCAUCAAGACAGCUUUGCUUUCCUGAUAUGGAACUCUCUUUUCACAUCACGGAGAAUAAACCACCAGGCAUCUUUUAUCAGCUCCAGUCAUUUGCUCUGCAACACCAGUGCUUUAAUGCCAGCAUUUCCUACAAGCUCAUAACAGAUGAGAAUCUGCCAUUUUAUUAUAAUGAGGAGACCACGACCAUAGGAGUGUCAAAACCUCUAGAUCGAGAAGAACGAGAAAAGUAUGAGAUGUUGGCUCAGUGUACACUGAAGGAAGGCUCUCAGAAGACAUUAAGAGAGGUGCCCUUACUCAUACAUAUAUUGGAUGAGGACGACAUGCCUCCUUUUCUGCCUAAUGGUACCAGCACAACAGAUGCAAUAGUGGAGUUCAAAAGGGAAGAGGGAACUGUCCUAGCAGCAUUAACAGUCCUGGAUGCAGACACAACUCCUAUUUACCCUGUAGAUACCAGCCGGAAGAAAUACACAGGCACCAUAAAUUCAUCGGAUCCGUGGAUAAAGGAAACAUUUCGAGUGGAGCACCUCUUCCAUGAGAUCUAUUUCCACCCAAACGGCAGCCAAGUGCGGGGCACACAACAUGAAUACAAACUGAUAUUAAACAAAAACAUUUCCAUUACGGAAAGCCGUUCCUUCCUGCUGGAUGUCAUUGUGAAUGACACGGAAUAUCAGGGGCCCGACAAAUCCUUGAUACUCCACUUCAACGUCUCUAUCCUUCCAAUCCUCAUCCAGUUUUCAAAUCCGAUGUAUCAGUUCACAGUGAAUAGAAAUGCUGCCAACUUUUCACAAAUAGGAAAGAUCUGCAUUGACAACUGCAUGAAGUUUUAUGGUGUCAGCAUCACGUACAGCUUAGAGAGCCCAAAUGUCAGCUGCUAUGCUAUGGAGGUUGCUCCAAGCCACGAUGACAAGUACGGGACUCUGUACGUGAAUGAUUCAGCUGUGCUACGGAGACCUGAGUGCAGAGAAAUACAUUACCCUGUGCUGGCCAAAGAGGAGUGGAGCAGGAAGGAAGCUUAUGCUCAUCUUACUGUCGUGCUUGAAGGAUCACUUAUACAUAAUGAUGAGGACUGUCCAGACUCCUGUGCUAUGAGCAAAACCCGAUCAGAAUGUGAAGAAUGUGGCGGUGUUGGAGUGCUAAUGGGAAAAUGCCAGUGGAGACAGGGAAGUAGGAAAGGAAUAACCACCAACUACUCUACCUGUAGUCCCAGCAUCAAGACUUGUCCGGAUGGCAUUUGCGAUGUGGUAGAAAGCAAAGAUAAGAGAGUCUGCCCUCAAGAUUGCACAAAAACCAACAUUGUUGGUGGCCAUCAAAAAGGAAGUCUUGGAAGUGGAAUCAAGGCAGGACAUGGCGUCUGUCACUGCUUUCCAGGAAUCAGCUGUUAUUGUGAGAAAGAUGAUAUCAGGGAACCUUUGUGUGAUGACAUGUGCAAAACAGUGAUUGCAGGAGGAGUCCUGCUAUCCUUUAUUAUUUCAGUUGUCCUCUCUUCCUACUUCAUUCAUCGCUACCACAAGAAUUCCCCAAAGCCACCUAUUGCCUCAGCAGAAAUGACCUUUCGGCGCCCAGCUCAGGCCUACCCCAUAAACUACUCAUCAAGUAACGUCCGUCGACCAUCAAUGGACUCUGAGAACCAAAUGUCGGUAGACACAUUUAAAAUACCUGAAGAUCCUAAGUGGGAAUUUCCUCGGAAGAAUCUGGUGCUUGGCAAGACUCUUGGUGAGGGAGAAUUUGGAAAAGUUGUCAAAGCAACAGCCUUCAGGCUUAAGGGCAAAACUGGCUAUACGACUGUGGCAGUGAAAAUGUUGAAAGAAAAUGCUUCCACAAGCGAGCUCAGGGAUUUGCAUUCUGAGUUCAACCUUUUGAAACAGGUGAAUCAUCCUCAUGUCAUCAGACUCUACGGGGCUUGUAGCCAGGAUGGGCCUUUAUACUUAAUCGUGGAGUAUGCUAAAUAUGGCUCCUUGCGGAGUUUUCUAAGGGAAAGCCGGAAAGUGGGACCCAGCUAUGUGGGAAGUGAUACAAACAGAAAUUCUAGCUACUUGGACAACCCAGAUGAGCGUGCCCUGACUAUGGGCGACCUGAUCUCAUUUGCAUGGCAGAUCUCUCGUGGCAUGCAGUAUCUUGCUGAAAUGAAGCUUGUGCAUCGCGAUUUAGCAGCCAGGAAUGUCUUAGUAGCAGAAGGGCGUAAAAUGAAGAUUUCUGAUUUUGGCUUGUCACGGGAUGUUUAUGAAGAGGACUCUUAUGUCAAGAGAAGCAAGGGUCGAAUACCUGUAAAAUGGAUGGCAAUAGAGUCUCUGUUCGAUCACAUCUACACAACCCAGAGUGAUGUAUGGUCAUUUGGAGUGCUGUUAUGGGAGAUUGUCACCCUUGGAGGUAAUCCAUAUCCAGGAAUUGCUCCUGAGAGACUAUUUAACCUCUUAAAAACAGGUUAUAGAAUGGAAAAGCCAGAAAACUGCAGCGAGGAGAUGUACAAUUUGAUGCUUCGCUGCUGGAAACAGGAACCAGAUAAGAGACCAACAUUUUCUGAGAUCAGCAAAGAGUUAGAAAAAAUGAUGGUCAAGAGCAGGGACUAUUUAGAUCUUGCAGCUUCCACUCCUUCGGACUCAUUGCUUUACGAUGAUGGACUCUCAGAAGAAGAGAUGCCCCUUGUGGAUUGUAAUAAUGCUCCCCUCCCUCGAACCCUCCCUUCCACAUGGAUUGAAAACAAACUCUAUGGCAUGUCAUACCCGAACUGGCCUGAAGAGAGCCCCGUUCCACUCACAAGAAGCGAUGGGCCUAAGUCUGUGUUUUCAAGAUAUGCAAAUGAUAGUGUUUAUGCUAACUGGAUGGUUUCACCCUCAGCGACAAAAUUUAUGGACAGAGUUUGAUAGUUAACAAUUUCUUGGUGGAAGGUAACGGAUGCAGGAGGGACUCAGUGUCCACAGACUGACUGUCCCCUCAGCUUAUUCCUUGAAUAGCAUCAACUGGUUGAAGCGAACAGGAAUUCCAAGAAUGGGAAAACUUUCCCCUUACUUUCUAGCAGUUCCUAAAAUGUUUCCUCCCCCUUUCCCUCUCUUUUAUGAUAAAUACUUCGUCCCACUUUAAAGCCGUAAGAAACUGAGGGGCGUCCAAAAGGUUUUUUUAAGAAGCUAAGAUGGUGGUCAUGGUGGCAUCUUGACUCCCUCUGCCCUCCCUGGCAGGUGUCCCUAACUAUUUUAGGCUUUUGCCUAAAGAUUUCCUCGAGAAAUCCAUUUAGAUUUGAUGCAGCCGCUGGACUUCUUGUGUAAGUGUUCCAAAUAAUGUCUAAUUCCUGAAACUGUCUUGUAUGGGGUGGUGAAAUCCUGUUGUUUCACUAGCAACUUCUGUUUCUGUGGUCAUUGCUAAGGAAAGGCAAAUCAAUCAAAGCAAGAAGCACAACGUGGGAACUACUUGUUUUCCAAAAAUGCCUGAGCUUGAUCUAGCAUUAAGUGUUAGCAUUUAUUGGCAGUAGGAAAUCAGUUAAGGGAGUUUGGAACCAAGAGUGUUAAUGGACCAAAGGCAGUGUUAGGAUUCAGCAUUGAAAGGUUUGGAAACCUGUAGAAAUAUAUUGUUCUGUGGUCAUGGGAAAGUAAGUGUUCUUUUUUCUUUUUUUUUUAAGAGAAAAAAAUCAGGGUUAAAUUGUUCUUACCUUUAGCACAAUAGAAAACUUUGAUAUCAUAGAAACUAGAAUAGAGUUGAUCUCAGAGUGCCCACUUGAUAUAACUUAUUUUCCUUCACAAAUCUUUCCAUUAUUAUCUUAACAUGGGCUCCAGAUGAUCUGAAAUUAACUGACACAAAGGGAACCAGUUUAGUCUUACUCCACAGAUUUUACCUCUUUCAUCAGAAAUUUAUUUCUGCCACCCAUUGUACAACUGGAUACAGUACUGAUUCCCUGUUAACCAUGGCUAAUAAACUCGAAUGCAUGCUUUGUCUCUGUAGUCCUUCCCUUCCCUAGACCAAAUUUCUGCCUUCCACUUUAAUUCCAUUUAAAUGGUUAUGGUCCUCUGUUUAGUUAAUAUGAACAAGGGUUCUUGGUAUCUCACCAUUGGAAGACCUCUUGAGACAAUCUAUGUGGUCACUAAGAGUUGACAUUGACUUGAUGGUACUUCAUCAUCAUAAACUUCAUAUUCCAAGCCAUGGUAACCAGAAACCUGGGUUACAUUAACCACAAUUAAUGUUGACAUUGUCCAACUGUUCAGUUGUGAUGAAGAUACAUGCAUGGUUUGAGAGGGGAAAGUGUGCAUUCCCAGCAAAAUCCCAGUUUGUGAACCAAAGUUAACAGAAAAUGAGUGUUGAAUCUGUAUUAGCCCCAAUAGAAUCUUUAAUUUAUAUUAUUCCUGUUUUUGUGUGAAACAUGUGCAUACAUACUUUUUGCCUCAUAUCUAAUCUUUACUCUCUUUGUAUUUUUUUUUUCCUCAGUCAGUGUAGAAAACAUGUCUAAGGUUGUUGUCUUUUUCCAAAGAGUAAAGCUAAAACCAGAUGCAAUGUUUUAAUUUUGGCAUAGUGUUUUGGAAGUAAGCUGACUUUUACAAAGCUUUAUUGAAAUGUGUAACAGACUCUGCAUUACAUGAUUGUAUUUUUGUUCAUCGUUUCACAAUUUCUACAGAAUACUGGAAUGUUAACCCAACAUUUUUAUCCUUUUUGGAUACUCUUGCAUAAUCAAAAUAUACCAAAGCAUUUCUCCUGUCUUAGGUUUCCACUGGGUAAUUUUGUGUGUCUCCUUACAUGUCCCAAUUAUUUCAGAAAUCAUGAGUCAGAUUGCCAAAAACAAUCAUGCAAGAGGUCUGAACACCUCAUUAGGAUAAAGUGGUUUCAGAGUAGACCAGUUCUCAGACGAAGAAGCAGGAGGACAUUUCUGUUCUGUAAACUAACUACUAUAUUAUGCAUUUGUGUUUACAAAGAAAAAAUGUAUCUGCCUACACAGAUGUGAAACAGCCGUCAGUAUCCUGUAACAAGCAGUCAUCUCAAACAAUAAAAAAUGUAAAUGUCAGAGCCUUAAUAAUUCAUUGUGGUUGAGCAGAACUCUCCGUAGUGACUCCAGUGCACCGAUAAAGAGAUGGACCCCUUGAGGAUUAGCUAGGACUGUCCAGUUGGGGCCAAAGGAAGGAAUGGCCCAGUAGGCAAGAAAGCUCAGCUAGGUCAGCAGAAUCUGAUAGGACCAUUUGGGUCCAACUUAAUCCCAGCUCUGAACAACUUUCAUUGUAGGUGGGUGUUCUAUAUGGUGCAUGAAAUUAUGC